UUGAAUGUCAACUCAACUCUUUCUAUACUAUGAAUGCUACAUUAUAUAUUCAGAUAUUUUCUUGCCGUUGAAGAUCUGUUUGGUUCAAUAUCCUGAUACUUUUUGGGAUCUGGAGUUCUGGGGCUUUGUUGUCUUCUCUCUCUCUCUUUUUUAUUUUGGUAUCAGUUGGUUUCAGUUUCUGGUCUCAGAACUUUGUGUAUAAAUUCCUUGAAAUCCCUGAAACUGUAUUGGGUCCUGUUUAGUUUGUGUUUGUCUUUUCAACAUUCAUGUUUUUUAGGAUUUUGUAGAUAAUAUUAUUCUUUGGAAUCUGGAAACAGUUUAAGAUUUGUGUUUCUGGGUUUUGCUCCUUUUUAACUUAAUGGGGUAUUCACUAAUCUUUGCUACUUGCUUUUUGUCUCUUUUAUUUAGUCCUUGUCUAUGUUCUUAUUUGGGUGAUCAAAAGAAAGACAAAAUCAAUGGGUUACCUGGUCAACCAGGAAAUGUUGAUUUUAAUCAGUACUCAGGUUAUAUAACUGUAAACCAACAAGCUGGGAGGGCUUUGUUUUAUUGGUUGAUAGAGUCACCGGCUAGUCGUGGAGCUCAGUCAAGACCACUUGUUUUGUGGCUCAAUGGAGGUCCCGGUUGCUCCUCUGUUGCCUAUGGAGCAUCCGAAGAGAUUGGACCUUUUCACAUUAGGCCAGAUGGGAAGACGCUUUACUUGAAUCGUUAUGCUUGGAACAAGUUGGCAAACUUGCUGUUCCUUGAAUCUCCAGCUGGUGUUGGUUUUUCGUAUACAAAUACUAGUUCAGAUCUGUACACUGCUGGUGAUCAGAGAACAGCUGAAGAUGCAUAUGCCUUUCUUGUUAAUUGGUUUGAACGGUUCCCACAGUACAAGCACAGAGAUUUCUACAUUGCUGGGGAAAACCACAAUUACACCUUUUACUUAAAAUUGAUUCAUGUGAGGCAAGCAAAAUCUCAACAGAUCUAA